AUGCCUCGUACUAGACGUAAGCCAGGAACACCUAAAAAAAAUCCUGAGCAAAUCAGCUUAGCCGCGAUUGAGGCAUUGAUCGCCCAACGUGUAGUUGAUGUCAUAGCGAGUCUAGAAACCCCUAGGAAUGUAGGAUCGGGAGGAAAUGGAGGCAAGAUUCCGCUAGGAGAUAAUCAAUUUUCCACUAUAGUAAUCUACCACGGCACCAUGGUUCUAAAUACUGAUCUCAUAGGAUCAGAAAAUAUCAAAAGAAAUCCAGAUGAAAAUUUAGAGCAAGUAGCAUGGAAGGAACAAGACUUGGGGAAAAUCUUUGUAGCAAACAUUUCGUCACCCACUCCUUUAAGGUAG